AUGGCCGAUGUGGAAAGUGUAAACAAUGCGCCGCUGCCAGAUCGGCCGCGCAAAAGGCGCCGUCGCACGAUGGCCUGCACGCAAUGCCGCAGUCGCAAAUUGCGUUGCGAUCGCGAAUAUCCAACGUGCACCCGCUGCUUGAAGAGCCGAACCCCGACCAAAUGCACCUACGAGGACGGCUUCUUGUGGCAGCAGCCCACCACCGUGACUGCUGCAGCCUUUGCUGCAGAUCGAGGAAAUGGACAUUCGAUCAUGUCUAUGCCUCCCCGGACCGAGCAGGCCGAGUUUAUUAAUACUGAGACUCCCCCAGACUCGGGGAUCGGAGCAGCGUCGACUCGGUCGGAAACUCUCGUUUCGACUAUUGCGCCCGAUUCGGGCUCAACUGCUCGUCCAGAGGGUGGACCGCACCACAGGGGACGGCAUUCGGGGAAGGAGAGGGGCUUCCUGGAGACGGUUCUUGGAGCCCCCAAGGCUGCUGUGAAUCAGGAGCCUUAUGUGAAUACUGGCCUUUUGCAGCGGCCAAAACGUCCCGCGCCGGAAGAGGCGACCCCUUUCUCGUCACAAAUGGACCGGGGCGAUGAUGGUGAUGAGGAAAUCGACGAUGUACUGUCUCCAUCGCAUCAAUUGGAUCUUUCCCCUCGUAUGAUGAUGAGAGGUCGCGAGACCAAGACUCGGUUUAGCGGGUCGGGUAUCUACGCCAAUGUGGUUGCUCAGUUUCCUGACAUCAGAGCUUUUGCUGAGGAAAUUCGUCUGGCCAACCCAAUCCUCUCACGGGUGCGACCCGACCUGGAGCGGGUGAAACGGGGACUAUGGAAGCGCAAGCCACUCAAUGAGCCCUUUCCCGAACCCACGAUUACUUCUCUGAUCUCCCUUCUGCCGGCAAAGCCAGUAGCUGAUGCGCUGAUCGGAGUCUACUUGACAUACAUCGAGUCCACACACUGCGUCUUCCAUGUCCCCACCUUUCUUCAAGAGGUGGACGAAUUCUGGAGGAUAAUGGAUAACCCUGGCGCCGUCUCAGCUGGGUUUGUCGUGCAACUGCUCCUGGUGCUUGCCUGUGCCUGGAAUCUGGCCGAUGUGGCUAGUUUGCAAGAGAAGAGCGCCACUCCACUCAAAUGCUAUACCGCAGUGGAAUGGGUGUUGCAUGCAGAAAAGUGGAUCGAUAAUGCACAUAUCAAGCGGCUUGAUCUUACUUCUCUACGGCUCUACAUUCUGCUGAUCAUGGCGCAAAAUUGCUUUGGCACGAAACGCAGUAAGGCAUGGCUUGCUACUAGCACAUUGGUUAAGCAGGCAAUGCUCUCUGGUUAUCAUCGCGACCCAGACAAAUAUGCUCGGAUUUCAAUCUUCAACAAAGAGAUGCGCCGGCGCAUCUGGAUGACCAUUGUGGAAUUGGACCUGCAAGUGGCUAUUGACCGAGGCAUGCCACCCUCGGUCCAAACUUUAGAUUAUGAUACACUGCCUCCUCUGAAUAUUGAUGACGACGAGAUUCAUGAAAAUUCAACUGAAACCCCCGCAGACCGACCGCUGAGCGAGAUGACAGAUUCAUCCUUCCAGAGUGCAUUGGGCCGGUCUCUUGCUCUUCGACUUAAAGCCUGCCACUUGAUGCACUCGCCUCGGGUCAGUUGUCGCUACGAAGAGAUUCAGCGCCUAGAUUGGGAAUUGAAUCGACAACUUUCUCGGAUCCCUCAGUGGACCACGAAUGAUGCAAAUGACCUCGUUACUCAGCACAAGAUCACGCUAUGGAAAGCUACCAUUGAGACAAAAUUGGCGCAAAGCUUGCUCUCCAUUCACACCCCAUUCGCCAUCGAAUCAAGGAAGGAACCGCUGUUUUCACCUUCGGCACGGUCUCGCCUGGAUGCCGCAACCAUGAUUCUCUCGACCCAGAAGCGACUUCACGAAACCUCUCGGCCAUUGUCACUAUGUCUACUUGGUGAAUGGACCCUACAGGCGUACAUCUCUAUGUGCCAAGUGCUCCAUAAUUCGGAUCAUCAAAACUCUUACUCUUCCCACCCUUCAUCUUCCGCCUUCCUCCUGCAUACUAUACCCGGCCUUCCAGACUCACUACUUUCCCUGGUUGAAGCGGUCCUGAUCUCUCUCGAAGCUCGAUUCAUGUUAGUAGUCAAGGGAGCGAAAGACUACUUCUUCCUCUCAACUAUCGUAGCCUUGGUCAAAGCCAAAAUCUGGCCCACCCAGGCAGGCAUGUACAAACAACAAGUGGUGGAGCGAAUCUUGUCAUUUGCACAGACGCUCUUCACCCGGCAUGCGAAUUGCGAGCACCUGGGUAAACCGGGGAUGGGUAGUUUCCAAAACAAUCAGAUUGCGUCGUUCAUUGCGACUCCCGGCAUGGCACCGGUGCUACCCUCGGACUUUGAUUCCAUCCUCCCACCGCCAAAUCUUGGUGUUACGCCACCGGGCGAUUUCGAUCCUUUCUUGGAUGUCUUUGACUGGGAAGACUUGACGGGUAUUGCCCUCUGCAACUAG